GUCUUUUUGCUGCGGUGGAGAAGAGCCAUACACCAAGGACCAUCUCAAUUUUACACGGAGWGGAGUCAACUMAAAUACAUAUUAAUCGUUUUAUCCAAAUUCAAUUUUUAAUAGCUACGACUAUUCUCAAUGUUCUGUGUGUGAGCUGCGCCUUCAGUGAUCAUUCCAUUAUUUUACCAUUCUAAUUUAGCUGUGCCAAAUUAAUCGGAAGAAUGGCAAUGAUGAAGAAAGUUUAAAUUGAAAAGCAUCAACACACACCAAGAUUAUUUCUAACCAGUUACUCAAUCAGUUGUUAGUGGUUGAGUGUACAUGUCAUAGGUAUUGCAUGGACCAACAUUAUUUUUGUCACAAAAAAAAGAUAACACCAAAAUGGAUCCCUUGUUCACCACGACUGAUUUGCCAUUGCUAAGCAAUUGGACCAACGCUUCYGGAAUCAAUGGAACUGAUCUAGACGGGAACCAGUUUGUGCAACCAGUUUGGAGAAUUGUUCUAUGGGCAUUCGCCUACAGUUGCAUGGUUACUGUGUCUCUGGUGGGGAACGUCGUAGUAAUAUGGAUCAUUAUGGCGCACAAACGAAUGAGAACUGUGACCAACUAUUUUCUGUUGAACCUGGCGUUUGCAGAGGCGUCUAUGUCAGCCUUCAACACCGUUAUCAACUUCGUCUAUUCCGUCCACAACGAGUGGUACUUCGGGUUGAUGUACUGCCGCUUUCACAACUUCUUCCCCGUCGCUGCUGUCUUCGCUAGUAUCUACUCUAUGACUGCGAUAGCGGUGGACAGGUACAUGGCCAUCAUCCACCCCUUGCAGCAGCGUAUGUCGUCCACAGAGACCAAGGUGAUCGGGGUGAUCUGGGUGCUGGCUCUGCUCCUGGUUCCUCAGUACUACUACUCAGUGACAGAAGCUUUGCCUGGACGAAUCAUCUGCUACAUCGAGUGGCCCGAAUACACUGGCUGCGACUACAGAAUUAUGUACUACAUGUGCGUGACAGUGCUGAUCUACUUCCUGCCUCUACUGGUGAUGGGCUGUGCCUAUCUGGUGGUGGGCCUCACUCUCUGGGCCAGUAACAUACCUGGAGACUCCUCUGACCGCUACAAGGAGCAGCUCACUGCCAAACGCAAGGUGGUGAAGAUGAUGAUCGUGGUGGUGUGUACAUUUGCUAUCUGCUGGCUGCCCUACCACGUGUACUUCCUGCUCCAUCUGUUCUUCCCCCUCCUGUUUGAGACGCUCUACAUCCAACAAGUCUACCUGGCUGUCAUGUGGCUGGCCAUGAGCUCCACCAUGUACAACCCGAUCAUCUACUGCUGUCUCAACGACAGGUAG